UUUCCUCCCUGCGAAAGAAGUAGCGCGGGCCGUGCCGCAAGUCAUAACCUCCACCUCUCAUAAAACCAGUUAAUUCUCUUCGUCAACACCUUUUCCUCACCUCCUUAAUCUCAAUUUAACUAAAUCCAUACCCCUCUAAAUUCUAGAUUUUAAUUGCUGCUUCGUUCGCAUUUUCUCGCUAAUGGUACUUCUCGGGACAAUUCUCCGUUUCAAGCUAAACGGAGAAAUGAAUAGCCCAAAUACCCGAAAUUUACCAUCAGUCGCAAAACCACGAUCUCUCCUUCAAUCCCUUCCCUAGCUUUCCCUCCUUCGUUUUUUCUUUUUUCAACUUUCAUUUGGAUUAGGAUUAUUAUCUAAAUCGAUGAAUUCCCCGCGUUCCCCGCCGGAGAAAACCCGGGGGCAGGUCCUGAACAAUGCGCCGCGAGGGGCGCGUGAAGCCGGCGAGGUUGCCGGUGGUACGGCGGCGGAGUGCACGGCGAUAUUUUGCUGCUUGCCGUGCACAGUGAUGAACGUUGUGGUGCUGGUGGUGUACAAGGUGCCGGUCGGACUGUGCCGGAAGGCAAUCCACACGUGCAAGGGGAGACCGCAACCGCGGCCGCUGAAGAAGAAAGACGGCGUGUUGUUGAAUGAGAGGAGUGGGCCCAAGUGUCGGCCCAUUUACUACGUGGAGACCACUCUGGAGGAACACCUGGCAUCGGAGGCGGAGAAGGAGAAGUUGAACGCAGAAUUCCGUGAGAUGGACGCACAAAUGUGGGCGCCGUUCCACGGAACGGGGUUUUGGAGGAGUCAUUCUCAAAAGUUUCAGUCCUGAAACCAUUAUGAUAAAAAUAUUUUAAAAAAUAUAUAUAGCUUGUGUGACUUUGCAAACGGGACUCGAGUAGUUUUACUUGCACGAUUUUAAGUGUUAUGUAUAAUUUUUUCGUAUGACCAUAUAGUCAAUGCGUAAUAAAAUAAAAUAGCAUAUUCUUGUGAAGAUAUGUUAUUUAGUUUUUUUUUAAUCUGACAAACUCGAAGUGAAAUA